CCACCCGGCGAGCCCGCAUCAUGGAUGUCGAGCUCUCCUAUUUCGCUUUGCUCGCCUUGGAAUUCGAGACCCCAGACGAGGACCAGGAUUCAUGAACUGGUCUCAGGGGCCCGGGCAGGGGCCUCUGGCUCCCGACGCUGGCCGAGAGGUGAUGAGUGAAGUCGAAAGAUCCGAAGAUUUAAAAAGCAUCUGGAGUCUCCGUAUUGAAUGAAAGACCCAGUGCAAAGGCAUCAUCAUGAACACGAGCCUUCCAUAUCAGCAGAAUCCUUACAGUCCCCGGGGCGGCGCCAAUGUCAUCCAGUGCUACCGAUGCGGAGACACCUGCAAAGGGGAGGUGGUUCGCGUCCACAAUAACCACUUCCACAUCAGAUGCUUCACCUGUCAAGUGUGUGGCUGUGGCCUAGCCCAGUCGGGCUUCUUCUUCAAGAACCAGGAGUACAUCUGCACCCAGGACUACCAGCAACUCUACGGCACCCGCUGCGACAGCUGCCGGGACUUCAUCACAGGCGAGGUCAUCUCCGCACUGGGCCGCACCUACCAUCCCAAGUGCUUCGUGUGCAGCUUGUGCAAGAAGCCUUUCCCCAUUGGAGACAAGGUGACCUUCAGCGGGAAGGAAUGCUUGUGUCAGACGUGCUCCCAGUCCAUGACCAGCAGUAAGCCCAUCAAGAUCCGCGGACCAAGCCACUGCGCCGGGUGCAAGGAGGAGAUCAAGCAUGGCCAGUCGCUCCUGGCACUGGACAAGCAGUGGCACGUCAGCUGCUUCAAAUGCCAGACCUGCAGCGUCAUCCUCACCGGGGAGUACAUCAGCAAGGAUGGCGUUCCGUACUGCGAGUCUGACUACCACUCCCAGUUUGGCAUUAAGUGCGAGACUUGUGACCGAUACAUCAGUGGCAGAGUCUUGGAGGCGGGAGGGAAGCACUACCACCCCACCUGCGCCAGAUGUGUGCGCUGCCACCAGAUGUUCACCGAGGGGGAGGAGAUGUACCUCACAGGUUCUGAGGUCUGGCACCCCAUCUGCAAGCAGGCAGCCCGGGCAGAGAAGAAGUUAAAGCAUCGGCGGACGUCUGAAACGUCCAUCUCACCCCCUGGAUCUAGCAUCGGGUCACCCAACCGAGUCAUCUGUGACAUCUAUGAGAACCUGGACCUCCGGCAGAGACGGGCCUCCAGCCCAGGAUACAUCGACUCCCCCACCUACAGCCGACAGGGCAUGUCCCCCACCUUCUCCCGCUCUCCUCAUCACUACUACCGCUCCGGGCCCGAGAGUGGCCGGAGCUCUCCAUACCAUAGCCAGUUAGAUGUGAGGUCCUCCACUCCGACCUCUUACCAGGCUCCCAAGCACUUUCACAUCCCAGCUGGAGAAAGUAACAUCUACCGGAAACCCCCGAUCUACAAGCGGCAUGGUGAUUUGUCGACAGCAACCAAGAGCAAAACAAGUGAAGACAUCAGCCAGGCCUCUAAGUACAGUCCAGCCUACUCGCCAGACCCCUACUACGCGAUGGAGUCUGAGUACUGGACCUACCACGGGUCCCCCAAAGUGCCCCGAGCCAGAAGAUUCUCAUCUGGAGGAGAGGAGGACGACUUUGACCGCAGUAUGCACAAGCUUCAGAGUGGAAUCGGCAGACUAAUUCUGAAGGAAGAGAUGAAGGCCAGGUCCAGUUCCUAUGCAGACCCCUGGACCCCGCCCCGGAGCUCCACCAGCAGCCGGGAGGCCCUACACACAGCUGGCUAUGAUGUGUCCCUAAAUGGCUCCCCUCGGUCCCACUACCUGGCCGACAGUGACCCCCUCAUCUCUAAAUCUGCCUCCCUGCCUGCCUACAGAAGAAACGGGCUGCACAGGACACCCAGCGCAGACCUAUUCCACUAUGACAGCAUGAACGCCGUCAACUGGGGCAUGCGAGAGUACAAGAUCUACCCUUACGAGCUGCUCCUGGUGACCACAAGAGGGAGAAACCGAUUGCCCAAGGAUGUGGACCGGACGCGUUUAGAGCGCCAUCUGUCCCAGGAAGAGUUCUACCAGGUCUUUGGCAUGACCAUCUCCGAGUUUGACCGGCUGGCCCUCUGGAAGAGGAAUGAACUCAAGAAGCAAGCCCGGCUGUUCUAGGCAGAGGCUCUAUAAAUAUAUAUGCAUUUAUAUAAAGAUAUAUGUAAAAUCUCUAUACUGAAGCUCGGUAUAAUCCUCUUGUGUAAUGGGACACACUGCCUGCUGUGAGACUUGCUUUUCUGUAUCGUCAGGCAAGCCCACAUCAUCAAGAUAUUUUUAUGCUCCUUACUUUCUCUUUUUUAAGUGCAAUGGGGUUUGGGAAGGAAUUUGCGGGGACUCCCAUCCUUUUACUGGGGAGCCUUUUUAUACUGAAACAUCUGUCCUGACUUGAGUCCCCCAAGGUCCAACUCUCUUUCCUAAAAGAGGUGCCUGAAGGAGUCUUUCUUCUCUCUGCUUCUCGGCUCUUUCCCCCAACCUCCAGGGAGGAUGCUGACCGUGCAGUUUUCACACUUCACUGGCCCCAGAGGGGCCCUUCUCAAGGAGGAUCCACAGUGUUCUCCCCAAGUCACUGAACACCUUUGAGAGCCCUGAAGAAUUUUCUUAUCACCCCCACUAGGACCUCAGUGCUGUCUGGGGGUGAUGCAGCUAGAAAUGUGGGUUUCACGUCUAUUCAUUACAGAAAUAAACAGAAGUGGAUAGGGCCUUGGCCUCUCCUCGCCUCUUCAAUCCUCCUUCUAUCCUUGAUCCUCACCUCUCUCUAGUCCAAAUCUAUGACUCAUGGUAGGAAAAGAAAAAGCACUUCCCUUUUCUGCAUCAUUACUUCCCAUGGCCCCGUGCCUGGCCCCUACGUGAAGAACCAGAGGGAGAAAGUGGGAGCCGGGAGCAGGAGACAGAGCAGGACAUCUGUUAGUGCUGGGGCUGCAGGACCCCUUGGGACCCUCCCUCAUUGCUCCCAGAAUCUCCUGACCCUUCCCCCUUAGGAGGAGAGGCCCAUUUUCGCAGCCUGUAUUUUUCAGCCUUACUACAAUCUAUGUGCCUGACAACUCGCCACAGGGCUAAUGUUCCCACCACGGCUCCAACCGAACAACUAGACAGACAACCUCUAACACACACCUCCAAAGGUAAUACAGACCAGGUCCUAAAGAAAGCUUCCUGGCCUAUGUUGUCUGGUCUCUGGGUUGGUAGAGCAGCCCAACCACACCCCCACCAGUCCUUGGCUCCUAAUGCAAAGUUGGCCACGCUUCAUGGGGGAAACUUUUGAAGAAUGACUGCUUAUGAGAUUCCAAAAUGGAGCACUGGCCAGCAUCGCUCACAGUCAUCCUGAUUUCCCCAGUGGCUGCCUUUCCUGCCUCCUUGCCUUCUGGAACAGGGGUGAAAGCUUAACCAUCUCUCCUCCCCUCCCCAAAUCUGCAACCAUGAGUUGGUGAUGGUGAGGUCUGUUCCUUCCUGGAGAUGGCUUGAGUCAGACCAUGGAGGAAGGAUGAAGAAGUGGAAAUGACAGUUACGACUCUCAAGAGGUUAUGUGUUGUGGCAAGUGCAGAACUGACUUCAACUCAACAAACCCUUACUGAGCACCUGCUGAUGCUGAGCACCUGCUGUAUACUGAGCACUUAAUGUGGUAGGGAAAUGGGAAUACUAGAAUGAUCAACCUGGGGCCCAAUCUCAGGGGCAUGCCUACUAAAAAUGGGUGUCAUAAGGCAUGUACUCAAACACGACAGAUGUGAGGCAGAAAGUGAUAGGAGACAGUAUGAGAAAGUGUGUGUGACGUUACUAAGAAAGCAUAUGCAGCUGGUGCAGACCAAGGACAGCUUUCUGGAAGAGACUGCAUCUGAGCGAAGUUCAGGAAGGAUCUCUGUAAAUUGGAAGGAGACUGUAACCGGAAAGGGUGAUAGGAUGAAGGGCCAGAAGGGAGGUCUAAUAUAUUCUCAUUUAAAAUGUUCACCCUUUCUGCAUCUUCUCUUUUUGGCCAAUGUCUUUCAACUGUCCUGACCCUUUUAGAAAAGUCCCCAGCCAGACACAAUCAUUGAAACUGCCUCAUUAUCACUGGUUGAGAACUUGGAGAGAUUGAAGGGCUUUUGUUAUUGUUGUUGAAUAUCUUUGUUUCCCAUAAAUGCACAUAAUUUCAACCCAGACUUGUGUCCUUCUGUUG